UUCUUCUUCUCAUUUCUAUUUUCUUUCUCAAUAAUCGAUUCUUCCUUACUCUUCCUGCAGAUAUCUUCCUUCUUUGUCAAUUCCUUGAUCCAACAAUCUUAACAUGGGCUACUUGAAGGAACAAACCAAUCAACAAACUGAUCUGGCUGCAGUUUUACGUGAUGGAAAAGAAAUACUUCUUCAGGGAUUCAACUGGGAGUCUCACAGAUAUAAUUGGUGGAAUAAUUUAGAAACUAAAGUUCCUGACAUGGCUAAAUCUGGAUUUACAUCAGUUUGGUUGCCACCACCCUAUCAUUCAUUUUCACCUGAAGGUUACACUCCACAGAAUCUUUAUUCUCUCAAUACUAAAUAUGGUUCUGAACGUCAGUUAAGAGCUUUGCUUCAGAAGAUGAAACAACACCGAGUGAGAGCAAUGGCUGACAUAGUUAUCAAUCAUCGUACUGGCACCACUCAAGGACAUGGAGGAAUGUAUAAUCGUUUUGAUGGAAUUCCUUUAGGAUGGGAUGAACGUGCAGUGACAUCAUGCACCGGAGGACUGGGAAAUCGAAGCACUGGAGCUGUUUUCCAAGGAUUUCCUAACAUUGACCAUACUCAGGAUUUUGUGAGAAAAGAUAUCAUUAACUGGCUUCGCUGGUUGCGUCAUGACGUGGGUUUUCAAGAUUUUCGAUUUGAUUUUGCAAAGGGGUUUUCAGCAAAAUAUGUGAGGGAAUACGUCGAUGGAGCAAAACCUUUGUUUUCUGUGGGAGAGUAUUGGGAUACUUGUAACUAUAAGGGUUCUUCUUUAGACUAUAAUCAAGAUAGUCACAGACAGCGUAUAGUCAAUUGGAUAGAUAGUACAGGACAACUUUCAACUGCAUUUGAUUUUACAACCAAAGGAAUUCUUCAGGAAGCUGUGAGAGGAGAGUUUUGGCGGUUACGUGAUGCUCAAGGAAAGCCACCUGGUGUGAUGGGGUGGUGGCCAUCAAGAUCUGUCACAUUUAUUGAUAAUCAUGACACAGGUUCAACACAGGGUCAUUGGCCAUUCCCGAAAGACCAUAUUAUGGAGGGAUACGCAUAUAUAUUGACUCAUCCUGGAAUACCAACAGUUUUUUACGAUCACUUUUAUGACUGGGGCAACUCAAUUCGGGACCAGAUUGUGAAAUUGAUUGACAUUCGAAAGCGUCAUGGUAUUCAAAGUAGAUCACCUGUGAGGAUUGUGGAGGCCAAACACGAUGUCUACUCUGCAAUCAUCGGCGAAAAAUUAUGCAUGAAAAUUGGAUAUGGUUCAUGGUGUCCCUCUGGGAGGGAAUGGACACUAUCAACUUCUGGCCACAAUUACGCAGUGUGGCAUAAAUAGGAAAUUAAGUGCUUCUAGUCUUCCUAAAUGGAAGCUUUACUCCUUCAAAUUAUGAUUAAUAGCCUUUUC